AUGUCAUUAAAGAAACUUGAUUCUUCAUUAUCCGAAUCCUCAAACAUUUCAGCACCUGAAUCUUUAAACUUACCAACGACAACAUUAAGUGACAAGCCAAAAUCUAAAUUUUCAAGUUUUUUAAGUACAUCAUUGUGCGAUGAUUUUAUUGACUUAACUGCUGCUUCUAUUAGAUAUACUCCAAUACCGAUUGAAUAUUCUCCAACCUCUUCCGAAGGCAUUGCAAUCAUUUAUAAUAUUUCUAAAUGGAAUGAUUAUAAUGCUGCUUUUUUAGAUAUACAAUAUAAUAUGGGUGAAGGUGGUGGUAAUAAAAUUAUAGAAUGUGAAUAUUUAGGAUGCAAAGUAAAUAAAUCUGUUAGAAUUUGUACUGGAGCUAAAGUGUGUGAAUUUGUAUCAAGUGAAUUAAAAGAAACACAGCAUACAACCAUUAACACUCCAUUUUCCCGUUUGUAUUUACAUUCAAAACCUCCGGAACCAUAA